GAGUAUUUGUAAUUAGUCGAUAAUUAUAAAUUAAAAAAUAUUACAAUUUCAUGGAUGUUGUCAUAAAAUGUUUACAGUCCAUCUGGGGUUUUUGACGGUAUGAAAUAAAUUGUAAAUCAUCAAAUGUCACAUAAAGAUAAAACAUAAAUGGUAAAUAUUCCUCAUUCAUUUAAAAACCUCCACUCCAUGAGUGUUACUAAGCUAAGCUCAAUAGAAAGGGAAACAAGUAAAAAUCCAAAAAGCAACAUUAAAAACAAUUACAUACUUAAAGUCUAAACUGUAUUAUUUUAGUAUGUCUGAAUAAGUAUGGCUCUUCACAGUUAGACCAAAACAGUCCAAGACUAUAUUGAGUUAGUAAUGUUUUAAUGAGUGUGGAUCCAUAAAUUGUACUCAAUGUGCAACAAUUUUCAGCCUAUUCAGCCAAUGAAAACAAUUUCCACUACAUGUUAAAAAUAUGGUAACAGUGAAAUUUGUAAACAUAAUAUGUAUAACACAUUAAGUACAACAUGGUAAAUUGUGAAUUGGGUUGAGAAAUUUCUACAAAAAAUGUAUUUAGUCAUCAGCUGUGUUAAUUUUCAUGGUGGUCAAAAUCGCACGGUAGUAAAAGGGUUAAAAGUACUAAAUGAAAAAUAUUUUAUUGGUCACAUUUUUAAGCUCGUUACACUUUUACACUUACAAUCAACCUUCAGACAUUACUCUGCCUGGAACUGGCAAAGUUGUAAUUUAUGACACAUUUUUUCCUGCCAUAAACAGAAAGAGACAUAAUUUGCUGCACAUUAAACAUCAUCUGCUAAUUACAUCAUCAUUCAAAUCGUAAUUAAAGUUAUAUCAUUGUAGUCGGUAGGUUCCGUGCUUUCUUUUAAUGUACUCACUUUUAUACGUAAAACGUUUCUUUAUAUUAUACUCGCCACUAAAAGCUAAAGAUGUAUUACUGGUUAUACAAUCUUUGACAACUGUUGCUGUUUGAGUCAGCUGGAUUCUGUUCUGUUAGUUUUAUGUUGUUUUCGUUUUGUAUUAUAAGUAGAUAUUGUCUUGACCAACAAAACAACCUGGAUGUUUUGAAUUUAAAAAUUGAAGGUGUUUAGUGAUUUCUUUGGGCAGGAGAAAAUGAAAAAAAAUGUUUUUAGAAAAUACAAGUUUCAACUGCGGAGGACCAUGAAUGUAAAAGUAAACCCAAUUUUUAUUCCUUUUAUAGUCUACUGUAUUUUACUUUGAAUGUAGUAAAAUUCAAGUUUUGUGUAAUAAAUAACUAAUUUUGCAUUAAUUUUUAAAAUUUAACUGCGCAAGAGGUUUAAAAGCGGUGCCAGUUGUAGGGUUAAGUAUAUCAAGAGUCAGCCAAUUUGAUAAGGAAACUAAAGUCGCAGUUACCACAAUGUGAUUAACAGCACUGUGAAAUGGGUAAUAGCUGCAGUAAUGUGGCUAAAGCCACAACCCCUACAGGGUUGUGGCCUGUCAAUUUUACAUUGCAACAGGUUAAGUGUAAGAAAGGGCCAUGCGGCCCUAACUUUGCCUGUAAAAAUAAAGAAUUUUUCAUUUCAUUUUUUUCAUUUCAUUCCAAAGCAGAGUAUUGACUGUACAUAAUUGUGAGCCAUUGAUAUUGGUAGUCAAAAUAUUUAUUACUAUCAUGGUUGUUAUGAACAUAUUCUAUACAUCUCCAAAAUGAUUUUCUUACUGAGAUAUACAUUUUUAAAAUGGUUGUUUGCAGUUUUUUUUUUUUAAUUCUUCCAACUCGUACUUUUAAUUUCUUCCCUGAAAAAAAAAAAAAAAAAAAAAAAAAAAAACAGUGUCCUAUCUGCAAGACAGGGAUAUAAUAAUAGUACAACAAAAAUUUAUUUUAAAAUACAUAUUACAAUCUGAUGCAUUGUCAUAAACAACUAUAAGUAACUAAUUAUAAAGUAAAAAAAUACCACAGCCAAUCCAGCCAAAGUCGCUCUAAGCUGUGAAGACCGACUAAACCACCCGGAAAUCAUUGACAACACAAACCCACUUCACAAUCACAAGACGAACCAAGAGUUAUUACCCUUUCCUGAUUUUCAUGCAUUGUAUCUGCCCACAUCACUUUGAAAUAGGUUUAAAAGGUCCCAUUACUUUUAAGGAAGGUCCGUACCUCCCAAUUCAUUCUUCGGUUAGGAAAUUAGAAACCUGCUCGAUCUUACUUUUAGAAAAAUCAUUAAUGUAAACUUAUUCAACUGUACUGAUGGUACCGAACCACAGUAACAAAUAGUAAACGUUUGUCACAAGCUAGUGAAAAUUAGCUGGUGUUCUUAUUUGUUAUCUUAUAUUUCUAUUUGUUCAAAUAUUUAUUUAAAUUAUGUUUGUUGUUUAAAAUAUUAAAAUUUGAAUUUGGAGUAUGCACUAGUAUUUUAUAAUAGAAGAAUGGUUUAAGCUUCAAAAGUGAAAUGGGUUUAUAGGAAAUGGUUGUCUAUAAAUGAGAAUCUAUAUUGUUAAAAAAUUCCUGAUUUUUGUGAAGAGAUUUUAGGUAUCUCAAACUAUUUUUUUAAUCACAUAUUUGAAAUCAAUCGAAAGCUCUUGCACUUUUGCUCUGCCUUUUGCGGAUUUGAAAUACAUCCAACUAUAGGGGUCUGCCCCACGGGUGUCCAAUAUUCUAAUCUUAAUCUUAUGAGAGUAUUUUUGUUUACUUUAUAAUAGUUGAUUAAUGAAACAUAUGUGUUGCUCAAACAAUUAUUUUCAAUCCACUAAUCAACUUAAUAUCAUCCUAUUUAUUUAUGAUGGUUUAUGAUUUUAGGUGUUAAAAAUACCAUUAUCUGUUUUGGAUCACAUAGGAAUACUUGUACAAUUUUUAAGGCAGUCUGUCAAUUAGUUUCUGUUUGAAACAAAACAAACUGUCAUAUUUUUGUAAUAGUAUAUAUAGAACAUUGUUAGGGUCUAGUUUGUUACACAGUGGGCCUUUUUUUUGUAAUGUUUAAGGAAAGCUAAUAAAAAGAAUUUGAAUUCGUGUAAAAGUCAGUGACGAACCGAUGAAUGACAGUCCAGCUGUAUGUACAUUGUCAAUUGUCUGACAUGUUGACUCAUUCAUCACAAAUAGUUUCCACAGUUGAAAUCGGAGAUGUGUCAUUAUCACUAAUUCUAAUUAGAAAGUGAACUCUUCUACUUCUUUCAGCUACUCCUGUGUGUUUUAGUAGAUGAACAAUGACACAUUUAUUUCUUACAGUGCUCCUAAUAUUGUCGGGUACCAGUACUUUUAUCAAUGCUGAUGACAGUGAGAAAGUCAAUAUCAAUGACGUGGUUGACGUGCUUAUACAAGACGCAACAAAUAGUUUCUAUGAAACCAACUCGGGUUCGGUAGCGGUGCCUGAUUUGGAAAGGACUUUCAAGAAGAGCUUCUUGAAGGGUGGGGUGAAAGCGACUCGAGGAGUUUUUAGCGAUUUGACGACCCUGAAGAGAACCGGUAAUGCGACCUUGACAUUGAGUGGCGAUUCCGCUACUGUCAAGGUGCUCCUGGGACUCGGCAAGAUGCAGUUGGAGUUCGGACACUGCAGAGCGUGGAUCAGCAAACUCAGCACUUCGGACAGACUCAGCAUCAACGUUAACAGGAACUCAAUCGAAGUCAAGAUAACCAUCACUAUCGACGGAGACAACUGCAAAACUACGCUUGACGAUGCAAGGAUAAAUGAAUUCGGUGACUUAAAAGUUGUACUGAAAAAUCUUGGCAAGGUUAAGUUUAUAGCGGAUAGACUGGUUGAUUGGAUCGUCAAUCAUUUUGAUGAGAAAAUCAGAGCAGCACUGGAAUCCAAACUAAAAAGUGCCCUUGAAAAAGAAUUGAAGAAACAUAAUUUAUGUUCAUUGAUCAAGUAAUUUAGUGUUAAAAUUUAAAUGUUUCAUCUUAUAACCAUGUUAAAGAUUUAAAAUAAAUAAAAUUCAACAUUAUUGAAUUUUUUGUUGUGUCUCAAUUUAUUCAUAUUUAUUCAAUUUAUUUGUAUUUUAUUGACCUAAACUUUUAAAUACUGUUUAGUAAAAUAGUUUGAUUGAGUAAAAUAUGAUUCUUACUUAAAAAGUUGUGAUCUAGGAUUCUAAUUUGCCAUGAAGGGUGGUUUCUUAACAAGCAGGGUGUCUGUCGUUACAGCAGCAUCAUUUUAUAAUGGUUUUUUAAGUGUUUUAUGUGUACAUUUUUGGUGAGAUUCAGUAAUUUUUAAUGUGCUUCUGUUGGAAGGUAGUAGUUUUGACACUUGACGUUUUUAUGUGUAAAAGUCAUAAAAUUUUGGAAAACUUUGUUAAAUCCAAUACAUUUCAACUCUGGAGAUAA